AUGAAGUCGCAAAAGACCUACAUCUAUAAGGACGUGUUCACCGGAGAUGAGAUGUUCUCCAUCUGCUACCCCUUCACGGUGGUCGACGACAUCGUGUUCGAGGUCGAGGGUAAGCUGGUGUCGGCCGGCGGUGCGGUCGACGUCGACGUGGGCUGCGGUGACGCCUUCGGCGGCGGUGGCGACGCCGAGCAGCUGGCCGACGCGGCCGAGACCGUGAUCAACGUCGUCUACUCGCACCGCCUGGUGGAGACCUCCUUCGCUAAGUCCGACUUCAUCAAGUACAUCAAGGCCUACAUGAACCGGGUCAAGGGAUACCUCAGGAAGACCAACCCGGAGCGUGUGGCGCCGUUCAUGAAGUCGGCGGAGCCCUUUGUGAUGAAGAUGCUGAAGAACUUCGACGAGUACAGCUUCUACAUGGGCGAGUCGAUGGACGCCGAGGCCGCCAUCGGCUUCGGCUUCUACCGGUCGGACGAGGCCUCCCCCACCCCUCGAUUCUACUUCUUCAAGGACGGCCUCUCCCUUCAGCACCCCGGCUUCGGCAAGAGCCUCGAACAUCCCGUCCAGGAGCGCGCCUAA